AUGACAUCUUCGUCCUCGAAUGUUGUUGGGGUACACUACCGAGUGGGGAAAAAAAUUGGCGAAGGUUCCUUCGGUGUAAUUUUCGAAGGAACGAACCUAUUGAACAACCAACAGGUUGCUAUCAAGUUUGAACCUCGGAAGAGCGAUGCUCCCCAACUUCGAGAUGAGUACCGUACGUACAAGAUCCUCGUCGGAUGCCCGGGCAUCCCCAAUGUUUAUUACUUUGGGCAAGAGGGUCUGCAUAACAUUCUUGUUAUCGACCUUCUAGGUCCCAGCUUGGAAGAUCUUUUUGAUCACUGUAAUCGAAGAUUUUCGAUAAAAACGGUUGUAAUGGUUGCAAAACAAAUGCUUUCGAGAGUUCAAACAAUCCACGAAAAGAACCUAAUCUAUAGAGACAUCAAACCGGACAACUUCCUCAUUGGCAAACCCAACUCAAAAGCAUCUAGUGUGAUUCAUGUCGUCGACUUUGGAAUGGCAAAGCAAUACCGGGACCCAAAAACAAAGCAGCAUAUACCUUACCGAGAACGCAAGUCUUUGUCAGGCACCGCUCGUUAUAUGAGCAUAAACACCCACCUUGGUAGAGAACAAUCCCGUCGAGACGACCUAGAGGCUCUAGGACAUGUGUUUAUGUACUUUUUGCGAGGUGGUUUACCAUGGCAAGGCCUCAAGGCUGCCACAAACAAACAAAAAUACGAAAAAAUUGGAGAGAAAAAACAGACAACUGCUGUUAAAGAUCUGUGCGAAGGAUAUCCUGAUGAAUUUAAUAAGUAUCUCAGCUACGUCCGAAACCUUGGUUUUGAGGACACCCCCGAUUACGACUACUUGCGUGAGCUUUUCACACAAGCUCUGAAAAACACUGGUGAAGUAGAAGAUGGAGAGUAUGACUGGAUGAAGCUGAAUGGAGGCCGGGGUUGGGAAGCUUCUAAGAGUUACCCUUCUCAGCAUCAUUUGCACACUGGCAAUGCACUGCCAAAUUCAUCCGCUAGGGAAAUUCAUGGAGCUUCAGCGGCAAGAGGCCCUCAUCCUCAAAGACCCGGAAUUACCGCUGACCGUUUAAACGCCGCGCAGCCCCCGCCCCCAUCCCCUGCGAAGCCAGGAGCUGGGAAGCAAGCGCGCGAGCGGCCAAGCGCCUCAGGCGUGCCGCAAGUCAAGCGUCAGAACGGAGCGGCGGGGGCUUUCGAUACAACAGGAGCUUCAACACAGGCCCAAUUUCAAAACUCCAACGCAAAUCUUCCAGGGCGGGUCAGCAACCCUAUGACCAGUACAAUGAGUCCUCAGGCCCAACAAACAGCGCGGAGGACACCCGAGACUGAGCCUACGUUCAUGCAAAAGGUGAUGAAGACUUUGUGCUGUGGUCAGCUGAAACCCCGAAGCAUUCCACGAUUGCAAAGCACCGAUUGA